GAUCCAUUCCUUCGUCUGUGAAGGCCAUGUUGUGGCUUUGUGGGAGCCUUUUGGCCACCCUCGAACGCCAAGUGUAUUCAUUAUGUUUCCUUGAAAACUAUUUGAGAUGGCGCCUAUGAUCAGCUUCUUGCUCUGUCUUGUGGCCAUGUCGCGUGCUUUUCCUGCCCAAACCAUCAGCAAGCUCCAUGGAGCUCUUCCAACCGCCUGGUAUGGCAGAUACGCCUUUUAUCGGAACAACAACUGCGGUCGCUGCUGCAACGAGCAGCACUCUUGUAGCCGUGGAGGACAACCGGAGCAUUGGCGUAAUCAAUGAUCGCAUCAAAGAGAUGCUGCAGCACUUGGAAGAAAAGACUCAGAGUGAUCUGAAUCACGAUGAACUGCUUCGAGCCUGUCAUGCGCUGAUAUUGGCCAUUACAACCAAACCCGAGUUUCAAAAUCACAAAUUACUACACGUGGAACAAGCUAUCUUUCAGCAGCAGGGAGAGGGUAGUAAUAAGAAGAUCUCAAGACCUACAACAGCAGACUUGGAGGAAUUGCUACCAUGGCUGGAAUUGGCAUAUUUUGCCCACGAGUACAAUGACGCUGGAUCAAAGUCACAAUUGGAGGCGGCAAUACAGGAAUCGACGGGGAAGGAGUGGUUCUUCACUCAACCAAAAUCAAGCCGGGAGAAAACCAAACAAGAGGAAAGCUUUGGAGCCCAUGAGGGUGUACUAGCGUCCAGCAUCAAAUUGCGCCAAGAGCUCCAAGACGUGUUCCGUGGUGACGACAUUCUGAAAAACUACUCCAUUCGCAUCACAGGACACAGUCUAGUAGGGGCAGGGGCUGCCAGUGUUUUCGCAUUGUUGCUCCGGGCACAAUACAAAGAAUUGCAUGAACCAGGACGUCUUCAUGCAUAUUGCUUUGCCCCACCACCCGUAUUGGAUCACCCCUCUGCUGUGAGAUCCAAAGACUUUAUCACUUCUGUGGCCAACCGGAAUGACUGCGUUCCAAGACUGUCCGUUUCCAACUUGGAGAUCAUGGUCAAAAUGUUGGAAGGAUUGAACGAAAAGAUUAUGACACAAGAAGGACUGAACAGCUGUUGGAGCAUUGCCAAAGAAAACGUUGUGGGGGACGUGAUGGAGCAAUUAUUGACAGAUGAUCCAUUUGAUGGAUUGCUAAACAUUAUGGAAGAAGCCCAGGCAGCAGUAGAGAUUGAAGCCGGGAAGUGUCUUUCACAUCCCUUCCAGAGAUACUUGGAAGUCAAUGACCGCAUGAUCAGUGACCACACAGUCCCCGCGUACCGAGAAAGUCUUGUGGCAUCCAUCCAAGUGAAAAACUCGGAAGCGGCACCAAAGAGCAAGUCUUUGAGAAAAAAGAUAUUCAGGCUCUGA